GAAUAUCCGUUUAUAUAUUUCAAUUGCAACAUUAACAAAUUAGAGUUAGUCUCUGAGUUCUAAAAGGAAAAUCCUUAUAAUGCUGUUUACAAAAUCGUGUAAAAAUGAUCACGAGGGCUUUAUUCCAAUGGAGAAGUUCAAAAUAGAAGAUCUACCACGGAGAUAUCAAAAGAAGGAGGUGUUUCAGGGUAUAAAAUCUCUGUCACAUUUAACAGUCAGAGUACUUGUACAAUCGGAAGACAGACAUCACGAAACCAAUAAAAUUGGUUAUGGUCAAAAGGUUGGGACAGGCACAGUGUCAGAUGUGUGCUAUCAACAUAAGUGCAUUUCAAUCAUUAGUGCUUUGAUCAGCAUUUUCAAUAUCUAUUUCGAAUGGACAAGGAAAACAACUGCAAGUGUUGUAAUAACGACAGCCUACCAUGUUGUUGGUAACGAUGAAGAAGCUUCCAGAACAAAGGUGGAACUUUUCUACGAUGACGAUUCGUCAAGAAAAAUGGUGCAAUUUUUGAAAGGAAGUCACGUCGUUGCUAAAAACGAAAACGAAGACUGGUGCAUCUUUAUCUGCAAAACAGGCGAUCUAAAACUUGCAAGGAAACUUGAAGCACAGGUGAAAAAACACGAAAGUCUGCAGAAAAAAAUUAAGAAAGUAUUACCUGGGCCGUCAGAUCUGGCAGUUGUAGUGUCCCACCCACACGGUGGGCCCAAGCACGUCUCUAUAGGGACUUAUGCAGUGAGCGAGCCAGCGAGAUUUGUUGUCAUUGGCAACGGCUUAACGAUCACUUCUGCUUUUUCUGGUCACCAGAUGACUUAUACAAUGCAUUUUAUUUGGCCGGAUAUUGUCACUGGAAAAAUUUCAGAUGAAGUCGGUGUUGAAUGUGAAAUCGUGUACCCCGAUGAUACGACCUUGCUUUACCCCAUUUGGCAGAUGGAUCAGUUGGUUAAAUAUACGAAACAUGAACUUUUCGUGAAAGGCGGACUACGAGGCUUUCAAGAAGAAGAUUUGUACCUGGAGAUAGAGUUACCUGGUGAAGAGACUCAGGUGAUGGACGACAACCAAACUCUGGACUACUACUGGGAUGCUUUGUGUCAGGCUUUUCGAAUCCGCAUGAAAGUGAAAGUACCAGUUUUCGAUAACGUGGAUAAAAAAAUUCCGAUGCAUCAUCUCAGCUCAACACAUGAAACCGUUGUUGGAAGGUUACGUCAAAUCAACGUUUAGUUAAUCCCAACUUUUUGUUUGCCUAAAUUUCUUUUUCAAAUAUGGCUCAUUACUCAGAUUAAAAUCGAUAUUUUAACUAUAUUUUGCUUACCACAUGCUUAGAAGUGCACAUAAACUAACUAUAACGCGUUUAUUUCCAUUGCUUAUUAGUCGUUCAUGAAUGUUAAAUAGACGAAGGGUUUGGGGUGAGGGUGGAAUUUAGUGACGAUGUAUGACAAGGGGUAGUGGGUUACGAAAGUGUGAGAUUAGCAUUUAUGUAACAUAUUGAACACGCAAGAAAUGUUGGAAAACUGCUUAUUUUUUCUUUGAGUUAUUCUAGUCAGCUAGCGAUGAUAGAGAGGUGUAACAUUCGUCUUAAACAGCCUGACGGCAUGUAUGGACGAUUUGAUUCUUCGGCACUUUGUGCAAUAUUUUUUUGUGAAUAAAUAUAAUUUGUGUAUUGGUAAGGAGACAGGAGAUCAAUCACAAACUUUUUUUUUAAAGCGCGUUUCUUUAAAAAGUGUAAAAGUUAAGAACAUUUUACUUUUAAAAAAAUUGUGAGUUACAAAACAUUUAGUUAUAUAGGCUACCAUUGAUAAUAUAUUAUACACAUUUACAUACUAAGAUUUUAUCUGGCUCAGAUAGUUUCUUAAGUACGACAUUGAAACUUCUUUUUUAGCACCUGCGAUAUUAUCGCUUUCUUAUUAUCUAAACGUAAUUAAAAGGUAAUUAAUUCUUAUUCCCUGUACAGUCAACCUUCGUAUUUCACACAACAAAUGUUUUCAUCCAGUCCUUAUAUGAAACUGGAAAUUUAAGCAAUGCUUAUGUAAUAUAUUGAGAAUUGUGAAGUCAAGGGAACUCACUCUUCUCGUAUUAGUCUUAUAUUUGUAAUGUUGUUUUGGGUGAUGUCCCUUGUUUAUAUCUCGUGACUCCCUGUUCCUGUUUCCGUCAUGGUGGCUGAAUAAAAGAUCUCUAUACAAUCAACGUGGCUUCUGCGUCAGUGUAUAAUAGAACGGCCCAAUCUACCACAGCUUAGUUAGAUGCAAAUUAUAAGGCUAUUCAAGUUGCAAUGAAAUAAAAUUAGCUAAAUUACAAAAAACAGUAUUUAACACAUUUUACAUAGAAGCACUGUACCACUUUACUUUAGUACAAUGUUUACACAUUUGUGUACUUGCUGAUUAUAAAUU